AUGGAGACUGCUUUGAGAUCAUGGGAACUCGACAACAAUGUCCAACUGGUCGAUCCCAAACGAGAUGCCCUUUACAACUACGAUGCCCAAGCACAAAAAGCCGCAGCGCAAGCCCGACCGUGGCUCCGCAGCCCCAACUACUUCAAACACGUGCGAAUCAGCGCCGUCGCCCUCAUCAAGAUGACAAUGCACGCGCGGUCCGGGGGCAACCUCGAGGUCAUGGGUCUCAUGCAGGGCUACGUGGACGGCGACACGUUUGUCGUCACUGACGCGUUCAGGCUGCCGGUCGAGGGCACCGAGACGCGGGUCAACGUGCAAGACGAAGCAAACGAGUACCUGGUGGAAUACCUCGACCUGUGCCGCGCCCAGGGUCGGGAGGAAAACGUGGUGGGCUGGUACCACAGCCACCCGGGCUACGGGUGCUGGCUGAGCGGGAUCGACGUCGAGACGGAAGCCAUGCAGCAGCAGUUCCAGGACCCCUUUCUGGCCGUGGUCAUCGAUCCCGACCGCACAGUCAGCGCGGGCAAGGUCGACAUUGGCGCCUUUCGCACGUACCCCAGCUCGCACAAGGCCAAGCCGGGCGCCGCCGUGGCCUCGGACGGCUUCCAGGCCGUGCCCCUGGCCAAGGCGGCCGAGUUUGGCGCCCACGCGAGCAGAUACUACAGCCUGGAGGUGUCGCAUUUCAAAAGCACCCUGGACGCCCACCUGCUCGAGCUGCUGUGGCACAAGUACUGGGUGCAGACGCUGAGCCAGAGCCCGCUCCUGACGAACCGCGACUACGGAAGCAAGCAGAUGCUCGAUCUGAGCCUCAAGAUGAAGGAAGUGACGACUGGGUUGACGCGCAACAGGGCGGCUCAGAGCCUCGGCGGUGGCGGCUGCUGUGCCGGUAAGGACAGGGCCAUGGACAAGUUGGCCAAGGACAUGAAUCUGAUUGCGACCAAGGAGAGGUCUGGUCUGAUGGCGUGCGAUGUCAAGGCCACUGUGUUUAGUGCACGGCCGUCCUGA